AACGAGUCGACCUUAAAAGGGUUUCCGGAUGAGUGUUAUAUCGCAUGUCUUUCUCUGCCUCUCGGUUUUCUAGUCCGCUCACUGCACGCCGCGCAUCGUCUGUCCGUCUGAUAACCCGCGGGAUUUUCAGCACGUCGUCUCAACUGAGGUGCCUUCAGCUUUAUCCCCGUCUCCUCAACGUUAUCCAUCAUGGCUGAGAAUAAACUGGCGUCCUUUGGGAAGAUGCUGCUGAGGCGUCGCAUGCUGGACACCUCUCAGGAUGAGACCCGCUCCGCUCGCUGCCUCACCACUCUUGACCUCAUAGCCCUCGGGGUGGGGGCGACACUGGGUGCGGGUGUCUAUGUCCUGGCUGGGGAAGUGGCCCGAGAGAAGGCUGGACCUGCCAUCGUGCUUUCCUUCCUCAUAGCUGCCUUGUCUUCUGUCCUCGCGGGCUUGUGCUACGCCGAAUUUGGUGCACGUGUUCCUAAGACGGGAUCCGCUUACCUGUACAGCUACGUGACAGUGGGUGAAAUAUGGGCCUUCAUCACGGGAUGGAACCUCAUUCUGUCAUACGUGAUUGGCACUGCCAGUGUGGCACGAGCUUGGAGCUCAACGUUUGACAAUCUGGUGAACAAAUCAAUCUCUGAUUUUUUCACUGAUUCCAUGUCGUUUCCGGACACUGGAAAAGUGUUAGCGGAUUAUCCAGAUGUGUUUGCUCUCAUCCUGGUCAUGCUGCUCACUGGAUUAUUGGCAUUUGGAGUGAGUGAGUCUGCACUUGUCAACAAGAUCUUCACAGGAAUCAACCUGGUGGUUCUGACAUUUGUUAUUAUAUCGGGCUUUGUGAAAGGCGACACUGCCAACUGGAACCUCACCGCAGAGAACUACAUGAACAGCACACACAACUACAAUGCAGAGAAAAUUGAAAAAGAAUUUGGCUCCGGUGGCUUUGCACCAUUUGGCUUGAAUGGAAUCCUAACCGGCGCUGCUACUUGCUUCUAUGCGUUUGUGGGUUUUGACUGCAUCGCAACCACAAGUGAGGAGGCCAAAAACCCCAAGCGGUCCAUCCCGAUCGGUAUAGUGGCCUCUCUGCUCAUCUGCUUCUUUGCCUACUUCGGAGUGUCAGCGGCGCUCACGCUCAUGAUGCCCUAUUACAAGCUGGAUGUUCAAAGUCCACUUCCAGAGGCCUUCAAAUAUGUGCAAUGGGGCCCUGCUCGCUAUAUUGUGGCGGUGGGGUCUCUGUGCGCCCUUUCCACCAGCUUGUUGGGCUCCAUGUUCCCUAUGCCUCGUGUGAUUUAUGCCAUGGCUGAGGAUGGUCUGCUCUUUCGCUUCCUCUCCCGCAUGCACAAGAAAACCAAGACACCUGUGCUCGCUACCAUUGUGUCUGGCAUUGUAGCUGCUAUGAUGGCUUUUCUGUUUGAUCUCGCUGCAUUAGUGGACUUGAUGUCUAUUGGGACCCUGCUGGCAUACACUCUAGUUGCUGUGUGUGUACUCAUUCUCCGGUACCAGCCAGGCAGCCUUGGUUCCAGUGGUGCGAAUGAGAAACCGAUGGAGCUAGAGAGGCUGGAGGCUAAAGGAGGCAUGACAGAUGUGGAUAGCGGGGAUGAGUACAGCCAGGAGCUGGAGACGACUCCCCUUAAAGAGAGGUUUUCCUUCAGGAUGCUGAUGCAGCCCAUCUGUGACGCGCCCACCAAGAUUUCAGGCAUCAUUGUUUACGCUGUAACUGGCACCAUAUCCGUGCUGUUCACUCUGCUGUGUGUGCUGCUGGCGGUGUACGGAGAGCAGGUGGGGAAGGGCAGCGCUUUAUAUAUCGCUUUGGUUGUUCUCCUGUCUGUUCUGUCUUUUGUCUGCAUCAUCAUCAUCUGGCGACAGCCCCAGAGUAAAGAAGUUCUCACUUUCAAGGUGCCUUUGCUCCCUAUUCUGCCGUUGGUCAGUAUCUUUGUAAAUAUUUACCUCAUGAUGCAAUUGGAUGGACCUACUUGGAUCCGCUUCGCCAUAUGGAUGGUUAUCGGUUUUAUUAUUUAUUUUGCAUAUGGAAUAAGGCACAGCUCUGAGGGUAAAAACAACUCCCCAGAAAAAUUUGAGCCCAUCCUUCAAGCAAAGAAGCCAAUCUACCUGAGUGAAGAUGACAGUGAACACGAGAGGGCCACACCUUAAGCACAGCGACUGGAUUGGUAUGGCAGCAACUUUACAACUGGUUUUGUAAAAUGCUGCAUUUUCACUUUAUAAUGCACCUUAUAGUUCUUCUGCAUCAAAAACUGACAAAAAUGGUUUCGCUCGACCAUUUUUAUUCAGCAGGUAAACUGUGUACUUCUUGCUAAUUGUUUAGCUUGUGUCAGUAUAUGAUGGUACUGGAACAGUGUUACUUAUGUAUGCCUAGGCUUCAUCAUGAAACCCAUUUAGUCUAGUCCUACAUGUACUUUGUAUGCACAUGUUGUUUUCAGAGAUGGUUAUGCUCCAAAGACUAUUCAUGAACAGGGUGUCUGCCUGUGGGUGGGCAUUGAGGGUGACUCCUUUCCCUAACAAUGUAUGGGAAUGUGUUAUUCAAAGGCUUUGUGUAGACGGGCAGUGAAAAAUUUUAUUGGGCGUACCCCACUCAAGGUUUCUGAUUUCUGAGGCAAUCUUUGUGCAACAUCCUUCAUGUCCACAUUUACUAGUAUAGCACACUCUUUACUAGUGUGUCACAUUCUCUAUGUAGUAAAAGUGACUGAUUGCACAAUGAUGUUCUCUCAUGUGCCUCAUGAGUUCAGCGCUGCAGUGAGGCGUCAAGGUUGACCUCAACAGAGGCUAAAUGUAUGCUUUUCUCUCCUCUCUUUCCACCCUAAUAGGUGUGCGAGUCUCUUUCCGUGAUGCUAGCACUCAUGUCAUUACUGUAGUAUACUAUAGUAUUAUAUUCACUAGCAUCUACUGUAGGCGAACAGAUCAUAAUUCAUCCUUUGCAAAAUUACAGCAUACACAGACAAAAAAAUGAAAAUUUAAAGACCAAAUUAGAUUUGUUUGCAGUGUGAACAAACCCAAUAUGUUUUUACUGGAAGAGAAAGAAUUGAAAUUACAUGUGCAUUAUUGUUUUGAACUCAAAACAUCCUUGUAGUACUUAAUUUUAUAAACUUCAUGUGAUUGGACAGAGAAAAUAUAUAAGAAAAAUAUUUUAAAAACUAUCUUGGAUUUUGUCAGUAGUUUUCUAUUUGUAAGAGUAUGUUCUUGUAUAUUUUUGUAAAUUUAUCGAUGUAUUUAUGUACCAGCUGGAGGAAAAUGUAUUUAUUGUUGAAUUCAAUGUAGUAUGUUUUACAUAUUUAGAAAGAACAUUUUCAAUUUCAGCAGGUUUCUCUAUUGAGCUGUACAUAUUUGGGAGGUAAAACAGGAAACCCUCAUUGUCUUAAAUGUGCUUAAUAGCAAAAACAGAAAUUACCUAUUACCUGUUUCUGGAAAGGGGUCUAUGUUUUUUACUUGCGUGACGAAAUUAAUAAUUUUUCAUUUUGAGCAUCAGCAUCUAAGUGCUCUUAUUUUUCAUGCAAUUUUUGCCAUUCUAGUUAUCUUCUUGAGAUAACACGGUUUAUGCUGUUUUCAGAAUGUUUUUUGUAAAAACAUUGCAAUGUAAAUGCUUUUUUCUUUAAGGAAAAGUAGAUUUGAAUGUAUAGACUACUCAGCUUUGUGACUUUGGUGGCUUUUUCCAUUUGCUGCUGGGAUAUGGUAUAUUUUAUUGACACGAACAGAGCAAAAUAUAGCUCUUUACACUAAACGGAGAUGGUUGUACAGUAUAUUUUUCAAAAGUCAUUACCAUUCGCUGCAAAUAUUGUGACUUUACAGCCUGUUUUACAAUUAAUGUUUACACAACGCUGCUUUGUAGUUGAGCUGGAACUAUUUCUUCCAGUUCAUUGAAAAUCAUAUGUUAUGAAGUUGAGUUAUAACUGACACUGCCUUCUCUUAUACAGACCCUUAUGAGUAUUACUGUAGUCUACAUUUCCCCAGAAGUGAUGACUUGACUAGCUUACUAGGUCCUAAAACCUGGAAAAUAAUUUUAAAGGCAUGAAUUCCCUCUGUAAUUUAUGUGGGAAUUUUUUAAAUUCCAAGUAGAAUAAGGUCUGUGGCCUACAUUACAUUUAUUACGCUAAUGUUAAUAAAUGGAAAUGUAAUAAUUAUAUUUUUAAAAGUAUAACUUGCUAAACAUGCUUCCAGAUUGGCUUAGAAAUGGACGUCAUGACUGAAGAGCUCUGUUGAUAUGUAUUGCUACUGUAUUAUAACAAACAUUGCUGUGUUGUAAGACAUUGUUUCAUAUUCAUGUACAUAUUUGCUCUUUAAAGCUGAGGUGUGAAAUGUAUGUGCCACUGAUGUUAGCAAAUGAAAAUGCAAAAAUAGUUAUGGUUUUCAUAAAAUGCUCCCACCCUAAACUCACACCACUGGUUGAGCCAGACCUUCUGAAACAUGAGACAAUGAGAUUGAAGGAAGUAUUUAAACAUUAAUACACACCUCAGCGUUCCUAUGUAAAUAGCCUACUUACUGUGCCUUUAUUAUGUGAUAUGCUGUUAUCAAAUAAAUAUACCAAGUAUUGUCAUUGAA